AUUUAGAUUCAAUGCAGUCAUUAAAAUUUCCUCUUUUCAAGAACUUGUUAUUAGAUUUUGUUUUUGAGUUUGAAAUGUGGAUUCCCAAAACAAAGACCUCAUUCUUCCUUUCAAGACCUUAUUUAUCUUUAUAAUACAUCAUUCAUCUUUUCAAGACCUCAUCCUUCCUAUUCAAGAUUACAUUCAUCCUUUCAAGACCUCAAUCAUCCUUUCAUGACCUCAUUCAUGCUUUCAAGACCUCAUUCAUCCUUUCAAGACCUCAUUUAUCCUUUCAAGACCUCAUUCAUCCUUUCAAGACCUCAUUUGUUCUUUCAAGACCUCAUUCAUGCUUUCAAGAUCUCAUUCUUCCUUUCAAGACCUCAUUCAUGCUUUCAAAACCUCAUUCAUGCUUUCAAGAUCUUAUUAUUCCUUUCAAGACCUCAUUCAUCUUUGCUAACUGACGCCAUUCAUUCUUUCUGGAUAUUAAACAUUCUUCCUAGGCGUAAUCCUUCUUACGAGGAUCUGACCCCCCCCCCACACUCUCCUUCCCCCAACCCAUAACACACCCUUUCAUAUUCUCCUAUCAUCUAAAUAUAAUCCUAAUACUAAGAUAUUUAUUCGGUAAAUACAAUUUAACAAUAAACAUUUUUGGAUUUCUGAAAAUCAUGGUUGAAGAAUGACACGUGACACCGACUUCGAAGAAAAGACGACAUUACAAUGGAUGUAUUCGUCUAAUUUGUUUUAUUGCAAAUAAACAAGGAGCACAGUCUCAGGAUUUAAGGAUGGUUUCAACAACAAGAGUUUUUAAAAACAAAAAAUGUGCAGGUCUGUUGUUGUUUAUUUUUGUUCUGUUAACGUCCAGCAGAAUAUGGUAUUCUGUACUGCAUGAGUCCAAAAAUCCAUGUACUGCGUGUACUGCACCGUGUACACUUGAAUACAUAAACUCAAUAGAAGAUCUGGAACAAUAUACACAAGAGUUAGAUAUUUGUGGAUCAGAGGAUUCGGUUAAUCUUUUAAAAAGAAUUUAUAAAGUAAAUGUUCUAGGCUCUCCAAUCAGUAUUCCUAAACCACUAAAAAACAAGUUGAAUCAAUGGUUACUAGGUGAUAUCAAUCUCAUUUCAAAGGCUAACAGACAAAAAGUUGUACAAAUUCGGAACAGGUUUACAAAGGAGAGUUCUCAUUACAAUCCCAUGAGAGCUAUGCGGCCAAAUGUCCAGGGUUCUAAUUCCUCUGAAUAUGUUAGAAAUCUAAUUAUGAAAGCAGAAAAAUCUUGUGAUUUCUGCAAACCUUUACUCUUGACGGCUGAGGAAACAUGGGGAAGAAUUAGAACGAAGACGUCAUUAUCUGGUGCUAAUGUUUUCCGUUUGGUUGGGCCUAACAACGCUAUCAUACUUGCUGACAGACAUAAUGUUCUGGAAUUAAGUGCUGAGGAGCUGGCAGAUAUGUUUGACUGUGCUGAGCAAUGGUUCAAGAAAGUCAAUUCUCUAAACAAAGACCUGAUUUUCCCAAUGCUGGUUUGGGACUUUUUCCCAAAAGCUGGAGCAAGUCAAAUUCACCCUCACUUUCAGGUUUGGUUAGAUAAAGAAUAUUCCGGCCAAUUUUUGACGCAUUUUCAAGCUGCACAACUUUACAGGAUUGAAUAUGGUGAAGAUUACUGGACAGAUCUAAUCUCCCUCCACCUGAACCUUGGACUAGGAUUUAAAUCAGGAGAAACGGUGGUUUUUACACCGCUAGACAGCCACAGAGAUAGAGAGGUAAUGGUUGUUGGAGAUAGGGUUGAUGCAACAUUUAUAAAAUUAUUCUACGCAGCUAUAAAAUUGCAUCAGGCUCAAGGUAAUUUUUGUCUGAGUGUUGGCAUGUCCUGGCCAUCUUUACUUGGUUCCUCCUACCCUGCAGUUGCUAGAAUAGGAUACAGGGGAGAUUGUACAGUACAGUACAGUGAUAUGUCUAGUGUUGACGUGUAUGCAUUCUACUCCAUCAACUCUAAUCCAACACACUUCAUACAUCAGCUCAAGAACUUUACUAUGUCUGCUCAAUUAUGAUAUUGAUUUGUACAAUGUUUACUUUACUUUAUUCAUCGUUAAAUUUCAUUUUAUCUUUUCAUUUUUUCGUGUCUGCAUACGUUAAACCCAAUAUAUUUAAUACAUUGAA